CGGAGGCAGCCGGCAUAUGGCUUGUAUCAAACUCUAUAUUUAGGAAGAACAACUGUGAGCUAUGACAGGAAUUCUCUUUAACACUUAGCCUUAAACUGAGUUUCCCUCCAGCCCCAAGCCAGGAGCAGCUCUCAGUACCGGGAGAGCCACAGAGCACUUGAGCUAUUUCAGCCACAUGAAAAGCAUCGGAAUUGAGAUCACAGCUCAGAGGACACCCGCCGUCCCUUCCAACCUCCAAGGAGCUUUGUAUUCUUGCACCUGGCUGCCUGGGACUUUCCUUAGGCAGUAAACAAAUACAGAAAGCAGGGAUAAGACUGCGUGACUAUGUCAAAACAGCCAGUUUCCAAUGUCAGAGCCAUCCAGGCAAAUAUCAAUAUUCCAAUGGGAGCCUUUCGGCCCGGGGCUGGGCAACCCCCAAGAAGAAAAGAAUGUACUCCUGAAACAGAGGAGGGAGCUCCUCCCACCUCAGAUGAGGAGAAGAAGCCAAUUCCAGGGGCAAAGAAACUUCCAGGACCUGCAGUCAACCUUUCGGAGAUUCAGAAUAUUAAAAGUGAACUGAAAUAUGUCCCCAAAGCUGAACAGUAGUUGGAAAAAAUAGGGGUAAAAGAGCUCAGUGAUAAAAAAGAAUUGGAAAGAAAUAAAAUAAAUAUUAAAUGGGUAACAAUACAGCAAUGACAAGAAAAAGAAACAAAGGUAAAGUCUAAGAAUAACUGGACAAUUACACCAGUGGACACCAAUAUAGCAGCAACUGAAAGCCCUAGGACUGAUGUGGCUCCAGAAAGAAAUGCUCAUUCUGAAGUUGCAGGAGUUCUAUCCUCAGAGCUGGAUGUUGGAGCAUGACCAUGCAUUGUGUGGCAGGCAGACCUCUCAUGACAGUAGUAUAUGUCCAUAGUAAACUAGGGUCUCAGAGAAAUGCAAAACACUUCUGUGGCUUGUCAUUUUUAACACGUAAUAAUUGUACGCACUUAUGGGGCACACUGUGGUAGUUUGACACAUGCAUACAAUGUGGAAUGAUCAAAGCGGGGUAAUUUAGCGUUUUUUCUCCGUAAACUUCUGUCAUUUCAUUUUGUGGUGAAGCUUCAGAUUCCUAGUUCUUUAUAAAAUAUAUAAUGAAUUGCCCUGAACUAUAAUUAUUGUGCUGUACUCUAGAACACCAAAUUUAUUACGCUCAUGAAACCGUACUGUGACACCUGUUAUCCAACCUCUCUCUCUUCCCCAUCCCAUCAGAGUCUCUGGUGAUUACUAUUAUACUCUAUUUCUAUGAAAACAGCUUUUUCAAAUUUCACAUAUUAGUUGAGAUAAUGAAAUAAUAGUCUCUCUGUGCCUGGUUUAUCUCACUUAACAUUAAAUCCUCUAGCUCCAUCCACAUUGCCCCAAAUCACAUGAUUUCAUUCUUUAUGGUUGAAUAAUAUUCCAUUGUAUAUUUAUGCCACAUUUUCUUUAGCCAUUCAAACAUCAACAGAUACGUUGGUUAUUCCAAAAAAACAAAACUGGAGUGAUUCUUAGUAAUUCACUUAGUAGCUUUUGGUUAUAUAUAAAAGUGAAAGCCCAUGGAAUGAAUCCCCAUUUUGCAUUAAUAACUGAGGAAGUAACUUGCAUUUUUGCCAUCAGCAAUUCUUUCGAGGUCAACCAGUGAACCUUGGACCAUAAUUUGAGAUACAUUGCUAUAGGGAAAUAAAUGAGAGUAAAUUGGAAUGAUAUGUAACUCCCUUGUACUCAGACAUGCCUCCGUAAUCUCAUUUUAGUCUGUAUCCUAUAUUCCACAUUGGCUAGCCAGCCUUAAUUCUGGAUUUGGUAGAUGUGAAAAGAAUUAUUAUCAUGCUCUGCUUGGGAAUGGGUGACUUUGUCUUAAUGUGCUUGGGCUGCUAUAACAAAACAAUAUAGGUUAGGUAGCUGAACAACAGACAUUUGUUUCCCGUGGUUCUGGAGGCUGAAAGUCCAAAAUGAGGGUGCCAGCAUGGUCGGGUUCUGGUGAGGGCCCUUUUCCUAGUUUGUGGACAGCUGUCUUCUGGAUCCUCACAUGGCAGAAAUAGGAUUCUCUGAUAGCUCUUCCUCUUCCUUUUUUGUCCAUGGGAGCCCUGACCUCAUGACCUCAUCAAAACGUAAUUACUUCCCAAAUGUUCCAUCUCUUAAUACCAUCACAUUAGGAGUUAAGGCUAUAACACAUGGGGUAGCACAAACAUUGUGUCUGUCUAUAACAGAUCUCUUCUUCCAACACUGGGCCCUGCCCUUCUAGCAGUUUCUAUUUAUGCUUUCACAACACUUAAGACAUUUUAACACAUUGGUUUUCUUGUCUGUAUCUUCUUGAUAUCAUGGCACCUUAAAGACUACAUUGUAUCUGAUACAUAUUAGGCACAUAUUGCAUAUCUGUAAGAUGUUGCUGGCACCCUGACCACAGCAACUGUGGUGUCUUCCUAGAAGUAUAUAUGUUUGAAGUCCUUGUAUUCUUAGGGAAAUUACUAUUUAAAAGCAAGACUAUCUUCUCUUGCAAGAUCUGCAGGUAACAUUCUUAGUGUAACCAGUAUAGUUUAGACAUUUGACUUCACCUCAUUGAUUAUAAUUUUAUGUUUCCCCGUGAAACUGAAAAAUUAGGAAAAAUGUCAAAUUUGGUUCAUAUUCCCUAAAGAGAAGGAAUGCAUGUAGCACCAGAAGAAAAUUUAAUUUUCAAAAAUUCCAUGACUUUAUUUUUCAAAUAACAUUUAUGUCCAAAUAAGACAUUUUCCAACCAAUCAUCCAGAGAGAUGUCAUCUUCGAUAGAGGAGAACAGAAGGCACUCAUUACUCUUAAAUGUUAAGUAUUAUACAUCACUGUCAUUCUUACUGAUUCCAGGGCUAAUUUUGAGAGUGUUGGCAGGAGGGCAGAUUGAUGUACCCAGAUACUUGAUAAGAAGUUCAGUUAGUGUUGAACAGAGGACCACCAAAGUACAUGAAGCAAAAAAACUGACAGCCUAACCAUAAUAACCAUAAUAAGUGAGGAUUUUACCAUCCUAUCAGUCAUGGUAAGAACAACCACACAAAAAACCAAAAAGGAAAUAGAAGAUUUGAACACUAGAAACCAAAAGACACAUAGAGAACCCUCUACCCAAAAGACCUAACAGACACAUAUGGAACAUUCUACCCAACAGCAGAGUACAUGUUCUUCUCAAGUACACACAGAACAUUGUCCAGGACAGACCGUAUGUUGGACCAUUAAACAAAUCUCAAUAAAUUUACAAGGAAUUGAAUCAUGCAAAGUCUGUUCUCUGAUCACAGUGGAAUGAAGAAUGAAGUUAGAAAUCAGUAACAAGGAAGUUUUGGAAAUCCACAACUUAUGGAACUUAAACAAUACAGUCCUAAGUAAGUAAUGACUCAAUAAAAAAUAUCACACGGGGAAUUAGAAAAUACUUUGAGACUAAUGAAAAGAAGAAUGCGACAUGCUGAAAUUUAUGGGAUGCACUAAAAGUGGUGCCUAGAGUGUCUAGUCAUAAAUGCAUAUAUUACAAAAGAACUUCUCAAAUCAAUAACCAACCAAAUCAAUAUUAGCAACUUCACAUUUGAGAAACGUGAAUUUUAUCACCUUAUGGUAAAUUUUCCAAUUGCAUUUAUUUUUGGAUGAAAAUAGCAUCCCUUUGAAAUGGUAAGGCCGGGGCUGGGGAUUUAGCUCAGCGGCAAAAGCAUC